AAUACGAUUAUGAAUAACGCCGAAACGGAAAUCGAAAAUUUAGUGAAUCCUACCUAAGUACGGAAUUGCAAAAAAAUCAGAAGUUUCGUAGCGCUUUUCUUAUUGAUUGUUAUCAUAGAAUUUAAAAAGCUCAAUAUAGAAAAAAAGUGGUAUAAAAUGACCGGUCAGCUUUGUCCGUUGCAUCCCUAGGGUGCGUUUCGGAAUCAACUACCGUAGCUGCAGUAAAGCGAAAUUAGAUAGGGUUACAGUACUGCUACUGCUACUAAGUCGAUUGCGAAACGCGCCCCUAGUUUCAUAUAUGGACAAGAACCACACUAACAUAACCUAAGAAUUCAGAGAGCAAGAGGCAUUGAUUUUAUCCAAAUGAAACGAAAAUAUUGACAUUCUAUCCCGGCAAAUACUAGUGUAACAUCCAUUGCAUCCAUAUAAAGACAUAAAAUGUCAGACAACGAGGAUUACAUGUCAGAUAAGUUUCUUUUGGAAACUGAAAAAUACACUUCUGCCAGUUUAAUUUUCAAAAAAUCUCAGCAACGUGAAAUGGAACUUUUGAAGAGGAAAGCGGCUGCCGAGGAAAGGAUGAGAGAGAAAAAUAAAUCGGUCAAAGUAAUGGAACAAGAAAAGAGGGAAGAAGGUUUAUCGUCAGCUAUAUCCAGUAGUAACAAGGGUUUUGAAAUACUUAUGAAGAUGGGUUACAAACCAGGCCAAGGCAUAGGCAAAACUAAGUCUGGUCGUGCAGAGCCAAUACCAGUCGACGUCAAAGCAAAUCGUCUGGGUUUAGGGAAAUUAGAGAAAAGAAAACCCAUAAAAAUCAUUAAUCCAAUAGCGAAAUUAGAAACUCUGAAAACAGACGAUUUUCGUAGCAGAAUAUCAACGAAAAAAUCGGAACAACUGGCAGCAAUGGAUUUAUUAAAAAGUCAAAAGGUUUGUGAACAUCUGAAUGUUAACGAAAACUUGCAACAGCCGAGAGAAACCUGGUUUUGGCCAGAAAUUAAGAAAGAAAAUGGAAAUAAUGAUGAGGAGGAAGAGAAUGAAGAAAAAGAACAGCAAACGCUUUCUACAAGUGAAAAGCUGGAGAUUCUUACAAAGUAUUUGAGAGAAAAGUAUUUCUACUGCAUUUGGUGUGGUGCGGCUUAUGGUAGUGUCAAGGACUUGAAGGAUAAUUGUCCUGGAAACGCACGCAACGAUCACUAGAAUAUUUUCUUUCCAUUGAUAUUUUUUACAUUACAUUUGAAAUAGGAGUUAUGCAUGUAUCUUUUAUAACAAAUUGAUUCGAUGUCUUGACUCUAUAGUUCUCGAAUAAAGUACAUGUAUAAGAACGAA